GACAACAUGUCAAAUUUCAUGACUCUCAAUCUAGACCAUUUUCGACUAUUAUUAGUUCAAAGAACCACAAAAGCCAAUUUAUCGUCCAGAUUCAGCUUUAGCUUCUACUCCGAGUUUUUGCACAAAAUUCCCCUUUCCCCUAAUAAUAACAUCUCAACCCAACCUGUCCAAAAAAAACUGUUCCGUUUUUCCAAUCUCACCCUUUACAUUAUUAGGCUAAACUUACUUUCACAAUGGAUAGUUUAGUAAAUUCACUGUUCUUAAUGUAGCCAAUCCGAUUAAUAUAUAAGACGACAAUAGAAUUAAUAGCGUACAACGAAGGACAAGUGUUACAACAGCGCUUCUGAUCCGACCCAGGAAAAUCAACCAAAUAAAAUUGUUCGUCGCCGCCGGGAAUAUGUCGCCGGCGAGUGACGUACACGCUCCACUUCUCUCGCCACACGGACAUCCUGGGGUGAAUCCUGCGUCGGUAUCUGGGGCCGUGUUCAACAUCGCCACUAGUAUAAUCGGCGCCGGGAUAAUGUCUAUUCCGGCGACCCUUAAAGUGCUGGGAAUUAUACCAGCUUUUGCUCUUAUUGUCAUAGUUGGUGUGUUAGUUGAAAUGUCGGUGGAGUUCUUGAUGAGGUUUACACAUUCCGGUGAGUCCAUUACCUAUGCGGGGGUUAUGAAAGAGUCAUUUGGUCGGGUCGGGUCAGUGGCAACCCAAGUUUGUGUGAUGAUCACUAAUCUCGGGUGUUUGAUCAUGUACCUCAUUAUAAUUGCGGAUGUUCUUUCCGGAAGUCAACAUGGGGAAACUAUACACUUUGGCGUUUUGCAAGAAUGGUUCGGAAGCCACUGGUGGAACUCGCGUGAAUUUGCCCUCUUGGUUACUGUCAUCGUUGUUCUGUUUCCUUUGGUUUUACUUAAACGUGUUGAAUCAUUGAAGUUCAGCUCGUUCAUAUCAGUUCUUCUAGCUGUGAUUUUUGUUGGCAUAUGUUCUGUAAUGGCAAUAAUUGCACUCGUCCAAGGCAAAACCAAGAAUCCAAGAUUAGUACCUCAAUUGGACGAACUAACAUCCUUCUUUGACCUUUUCACUGCUGUCCCCGUUAUUGUAACAGCCUUCACAUUUCAUUUUAAUGUUCACCCAAUCGGUUUCGAGCUUGGUAAGCCAUCCGACAUGAUCUCAGCUGUUCGAGUCUCAUUAGUUCUUUGUGCCGCCAUCUAUUUUGCAAUUGGCUUGUCCGGUUACCUUCUUUUCGGAGACUCGAUCAUGUCAGACAUACUUGUGAAUUUUGACAAGAGUUCUGACACUGCAACAGGAGCAUUGCUAAAUGAUGUAGUUAGGUUAAGCUAUGCACUUCAUCUGAUGCUAGUUUUCCCUCUUUUGAACUUCUCAUUAAGAUCAAAUAUUGAUGAAUUCCUCUUCCCAAAGAAGCCCCUUUUGGCCUCGGACACCAAAAGAUUUGUGGCUCUCACAAUUUUACUCUUGGUCUUCUCAUACUUGGCAGCCAUUGCCUUCCCAAACAUUUGGUACCUCUUUCAGUUUGUGGGGUCAACUUCUGCAGUUUGCCUUGCCUUCAUUUUUCCUGGUGCUAUUGCUUUGAGGGAUGUUAAUGGUAUAUCUACUAAGAAAGAUAGGCUAUUGGCAAGAAUAAUGAUAGUCUUGGCUGUAGUUACGAGCGUUAUUGCUAUCUCUACGAAUCUAUAUAAUCUGCUUGGAAACAAGAAGGAAUAGAGAUUGGUUCCCAUAUUUUUUUGGUAUUGAGUUGACAAGAUUUUGUAUUUGUAAUAUAUGUUUUUUUUUCUUUGACAUCUUUGUUUCGGUGUAGAGUGAUUGUAAUCCACGGGCUUAAUUUAUAUGUAUUUAUAUCAUUAUUUAGAUAGUCAAGCAAUAUUUAGUAUUUACACAUUAGACCACAACAUCAUUACGAUGCAAAACAAGUUAUGGCAUGUUUAGUUUGUUGUAAUCGGAAUUGUAAUAGAAUUAAAUUAUCCAUUAUAAUGUUUGCUUUGCUUUUAAAAA